AUGAUGGCCACUGCCGUCUCUAAGCCCGCAUCUCAACCCCCAAAAAUGAAACGCCCUCCGCCAUCGUUCACGCAGACCGCAGUCAACGGUAUAAAACAGUCACCAUCGGCGUCUUCCUCUCCUUCUGUUACCUCAAAGCGCCUCCCCGGUACCAACCAACCCUCUACAAACUCCGUGGCGGGCCCCGUAGCCAAUGGCGUCAACAACCGCCCCAUCAAUAAGAUGCGCAAAGACAGCCAGAAGCCUGGAGAUCCUCUGGUCCGUCCACAACGGCCAUCAACGAGGAACUCAGUUGUUGAGACCGAUCGCCGACUUACCAAAAUACCCCCAGAGCCUUUUGUUAAAACGACCUCGUAUAUUCUAAAGAGAUACGCUAAAGCGCAACCUUCCCUUAUCAUCCAUCUCCAUCCCACCCACUUUCGAUUCGAUCAACAAGAUGGCAGCUUUCCAUAUAACUCGGAGAUGAAAGUCAUCAUUGAACACAUUCGAUCUCAAACGGUACCCCACGAUAUGCUGGAGGAGCUCCUCCGUGCUGGGGUGAAGUUCUAUGAAGUUAAAGUAGUGGAUCACAAAUCGGUAUCAGCUCAGACCAGCAAGUCAACAAUCCCGUCAUCGGACGAGAAGAAUACGCCGUUUUCUAUCCAUAACUACAACCAACAUGUUACGCCGUCACCUUAUAUACCCUAUCCAAAACAGAACCAGGUCCGCCCGGAAAAGAUCGAUUCCCCUAGACUAGAAACAUCUGGAAAGGAGCCCGGUGCAAGUACAGCCGAGGACUCCAGUGCCGGACAAGAUGGUACUACAAAUGGGGUUUCGGCGGGCGAAUCAUCUGCCAAGCAACCAACUCCUAAGCCGAAAGUCUUCACCACUGUCCUCCAUCCCACGUCACUCUCUAUACAAGCCGAACUGACAUACUUAUCUACCACCCCACACCCGCUUGCAAAUGCAAUUGCAAACGCCAACAAGAAGCAGCCAACGACACAGGCUACAUCCAAGACAUCUACGACCUCGACAGCGGGCCCGCCCCCUGCGAAGAGACAAAAGAUGCUUGUUGACCCUGAGGAUCUCCCCGAGUUUGAAGCCAAGCUUAUCAGAGCUGUGGCUCCUCCCCUCUACUUAGACCCAGUGGAUAAUUUUGAAUCAGCACAACGGCUUCUUCAGCUUAUGGAAAGUCCACUUCACCGUGACAAGCCGCCUUCGUCCAAGACGAGGAAACGCACAGUUGCAGAACUGGCAGCAGACGAAGCUCUCGCCGCUGAAGAAGAGAGAUUUAUGCUCAUCAUGGAUGAAAGGCUGGAGCCCGCUACAUCUAGUGCGGCAAGUGGUGCCAAAUCAGCAGUUGACGAUACCGCUGGAGCAGUACCAUUCGAGCCACGUUUCUCAAGAUUUAAGACCAUUGAGAAUAUCCGUAUUCAGCACGAGGAAAAAGCGAAACGGGAGCACGAGAAACAGGUACAGCAAGAGCAUAUUAAACGACAGCAGCAGCAGGAACAGGAGAGAGAGCGACGUCGUAUGAUAGACCAGAGACAGGCAGAAGAGCAUGCGAAAGAAGAACGACGUCAGCAACUCGUUGCACAGCAGGCUCAUGCUCAGUUGGCAGCUCAGCAACAGCAGCGAUUGGCGAAUGGCCUUUCUCAAGCAUCUCAGGGCCAGAUGUCGUCACCCAUUGUUCGCAACCAAACACCGCAUAAUACAUCGUCCCCUGUCGUUGGAAACAACGUGGGCGUUGCAGUUGGCGGUGUGCCCAUGAAUGUUACUGCGUCUGCUCAAGGAGCCGGGAGCCCGCCACGGCCGCCGUCAACUAUGCAUCAUGCCCACCCAGGUGUCAUGAGUCACCCAAUGGCAGCCUCAAGAAGUCAACAGAGCCAGAGUCGAAACGGCACGCCACAGAUGACCCAAGGUACACCAGCUAUGGGACAUGCUACUCCUGUCAUGCGCAAUGUUACACCAACGCAGCGCAUGGGCCAUAGUAGUCCGCCAAAUUCGUCGAUGGCUCAAACACCUGUCAUGACCCAAUCCAUGAUGGGCACGCCGCAAAUGGGAGGAGCGGGCAUGGGACUUACGCCUCAGCAACAACAGCAUCUCAUAUUGCAGCAGCGACAGCAGCAGUUGCUUGCCCAACAGGGCCUUAACCCACAGCAAGUUGCGCAGAUGCAGGCACAGCACAACAUUCAAAGUCACCACCAACAGCAACAGCAGUUAUUGCACCAACAACAACAGUUACAGCAGCAAAACCAACAACAGUUGCAACAAAAUGUCCACAGUCAGCACUCCUACCAGGCCCAGCUACUACGAACACAAAUGGCGCAGAUGCAAAUGGCCCAGCAAAAACAGGGUGGACAACAACAAGCAGGCAUGCAGAUGACACCGCAGCAACAGCAACAGCAACAGAUGCUGUUGGCGGCUGCUCAGCAAAACGGUGGUCAAGUCGCACAAGGUCCGUUACAAUGGGGCAAUCGGCACCAACAAAUGUACCAGCAACGAAUUAUCUCGUUGCGGCAAGACAUAGUGAGGCGAUAUGGCCAACAGUAUGGGGCGCCCCAGAGUUUCCCACCCCAACUUGCUCAGCAAUAUUCAGCUGGUGUGGAAAAGAGUGCCCGAGCAUAUGUCAUGGAAAUGAUGCGCAAGGAGCAAGUUGCGAUACGCCAUGCUGCAGUACUGCAACAGCAACAGCAACAGCAACAGCAACAACAACAGCAGCAGCAAAUGAUGGCAAAUGGGAUGGGGAAGUGA